GCAUUCAAACCCCUUUCCUCAUAACGAAGGUAGCUCCGCUCUAUUGGCGCACGCGGGUACUCGUAACAAACGCACACGAGCACGUCGAGCGAUUAUGACAGCUUGUGUCAAACGUGUUUCUCCUCGAUGUAAACUCGGAAGAAUCCUUGCAGAGAAGAUAUGGCGAUGAACCAUCUGAGCCUGCUGCGUCCUCUGCUCUAUCAGAGCCUGGUGAGACAAGUCCGGCACACCGCUAUUGUGUCGGCCGCAGUCAGGCUCCCUCUUCUUCACCACAGUUUAUCCUCCAAGCCAGCAAUUUGCUCCAGGUUUUAUGCCACGAAAAAGGCAAAAGCAAAGUCUAAAGGGCAGGCAGCAAAGGUGAGUAUCAACACUGCUCUGGUGGAGGACAUCAUCAGCCUGGAUGAAGUGAAGGAAGAGAUGACUGCUGUGGUCAAUGCGCUAAAAGAAGACUUCACUCGGAACCUGAGCAUUCGAACGUCGCCAGGAGCACUUGAUCACAUUGUGGUGACAACUGCGGACGGCAAGUUUCCUCUCAACCAGCUGGGUCAGGUCUCCAUGAAAUCACCUCAGGUCAUUAUGGUCAACAUGAGCAGCUUCCCCGAGGCUACAGCGGCUGCCACCCGUGCUCUGAGAGAGAGUAGCAUGAACCUAAACCCUGAGGUAGACGGGACAAUUAUCAAGGUGCCUGUUCCCAAAGUCACAAGAGAACACCGGGAGAAUCUCGCCAAAACAGCCAAACAGUUCAGCAAUAAGGCCAAAGACUCUGUGAGGAAAGUGCGCACCAACGCUGUCACACAGGUCAAGAGAGCCAAAGAAGGACACUCUGAAGACACCAUACGACUAAUAGAGAAACAGAUCCAGCAGAUGGCCGACAGUUUCGCCGCUGACAUCGACAAACAGUUGACUGCCAAAACGAAAGAGCUCCUGGGUUGAAGUCGAGGAGCCCACAAGCUUCAUUCAGGUCAACGUCUGUAUUUUCAGGCGACUCCAUUUUCUUGACAUGAUUUUACAGCUCUUGUCGUACAAAGAGUUUUUGGCUCUGAGUAAACUCACUCGACCGAUUGUUGCCCACAUGAUGGAUAUUUGUGUUCAGCACUUAAUAUGAAAUUGAAACGACCAGCAUCUGCCAUCUUGUCCUCCUCUGCUGCUACUUCUUCCUGCGUUCAAACAAACACAGCGUGAAGAGCCGAUGGAGUUUUAAUGGGAAUGGUGGGCUUCCUCCUAAUCCAAACUGCCUGGCCACAAGGCCUGGCUGUUUAUCCAGAGCAAACUCCAGCGUCUGGAUGUAAACUGCUGCAGGCUCAUCUCGGCAGCAAGAGAACACGUUUGUUCCACGGAUCCGGGGACGAGCUGAACGGAUAUGGCUAGCACAUUUCGAGUCUUUCAUAUAACUCCAAAAUCCAAGUGGAAGAUGGAUAAUAAGGCGCUCUCUUUUAAACACGGAGAGCAGCGUUAUUGAUGGGCUCCAUUAAAGAAACACUG